CUGGAAUCUUUGGAAUGAUAAUAUGGAUUAGAUUAUGUCUGAUAUGACUUCAGCUUCAUUUUCUCUCUUUCAGGGUGGAAUUAUUAAAAUUCAAACCCUGGGAAACUAUGAAUGUUUGUGGAAUGUGAUGUUGAACAAGAGUAACUUCCAAAGUGGUGUACAAAUGCUCUCUUGUGGCCAUUUCAGAGAUUGUGCUACAAUUUAUCUACAAAACAAAAGCAACCUAACAGGCAAUGUCAGUGAUGGCCAUCUUUGUGCCACAUCCUGUGCUGGAAAUCCUCAGCACAGAGACUUCACCAGUCUGACAACUGACAGAGAUGCCUUCAGAAUCCUUUGGCCCUGGAGAUUCAAAAGCCUCCAAAACGGAUUUGGCUGCUAUUUCCCGAGCAGGGAAGCAGAGCUCCAAGCUGGUCAAGGCUUGGCUGGCAAUGGCCUUGUCAUUGGGGUAGCUGGCUUCCACAUGUCCUGCACAGUCAGCAGGAAACUUGUGGUGGAAAAUGUCACCUCUUGGUACAACCAGUAUGACCUGCAGAAUGAAACUCAAGGAAGUCACCAACUUUGGAAAGAGAUGGUCAUUCCAUGGCACCAAACGCUGGUCACAACAGCCUGCUUUUUCUUUGGCUUCAUUCUCCCUCUGGCUAUAGUCACUGGCUCCUACAUCCUUGUAGCCUUGAAGUUAAGAGAAAGGCAGCUCGUUAGGUUCAGCUGACCCUUCCAGGUCCUUGUGACUGCGGUAACUGCCUUCUUCCUCUGCUGGUUGCCCUUGCAAGUGUCCCUGUGGCUGGACUUCACAUCCUUCCAGGAAGACAGAGAGGGCCUGACCCAGGUGGCCUUACUCAUAAGCCACCUAACCUCAUCUAUGGACUUUAUCAACAGCUGUCUCAAUCCAGUUCUCUACGUCUUCACUGGGCAUGAUUUCUGGGAGCACUUGCUCCACUCCCUGCUAGCUGCCUUAGAACAGGCACUCAGUGAGGAGCCAGACAGCAACCUGAAUCCCAGCUCCCAGGCAGUUGAGUCCUUUAUAACAUGAUCCAAUUUCUUAUUCCAUUUUCUCACCACUCAAUCCUCUUCCCAAACAACUCUACCGUAAUCCAACAUCCAAAAGAAUUUAAGAGAAUAAACCACAACUUUUAAGUGAGCUCUAUGUGCCAGGCUCUGAUCAUUUCUUUGCUAUUCAUCAGAGUUCUGAUAUAUUAAAUGAUGGGUUGGGGGAGGGCACCAAGAGGGAAGCUUAAUGAACACCUAAUCUGCCAAGGCCUAAAGUAACGGGAGCCCUUCAUAUACCUGAUAUUGCAAAUUCCCUUUGGGUUAGAAGUAAUACAUCUCUUGUGGAAAUGAUAGUGAUUCAGCCGUUUAUUUUAGCUUUUGUUAAAUCAAUAUAGAGAAAAAACCUAGAGGGGAGAAAAUAGAUUGAAUACUAAAAUGAAGACCUAACUCCUUAAUGGAUAGGCAGGAGGUAAGACAGCCGGCAUUUGCCAUUUCAAAGAGAGCCCUGUCUUAUCAGGAAUUAUAUACGUGGGUAAGCAGCAAUCUCAAAAUUAGGGCCUAUGCCAGGAGAGAUAAAACCUUAAAGGAUAAACAUUUGAAAUACAUAAUUUUAGAAACUAAGGAGAAGAGUUCCUGGGCCAAAUUAAAUGAACUAAUUAGUCAUGAUAGUUGUUCCCCAAUUCAGACUUAUUGCUAAGAAAACACUUGAAAAUCUGUAAGUCAAAGUUUCAGAGACAGAAUUAAACACAGAAGAAAUAGAAGUUAGAGGGAGAGUAUAGCCAUGGUCCUGGCAAAACAACUGUGAGUGCUGGGAUAGGAAGUGGGAUAAGUGGCCCCAAGAGUAAGAAGAUGAAGGAUGCAGGCUAAGCCUGAGAAAGUCCUCAGGGAGAGUAGGAAUUUUGCCCAGGCCUAGAGG